UACUGCGUACAAUUCUUUCUUCUGGGUCGAAAUUCCAAGGAGCAACUGAAAUAUCAAUUUGCCAUUAACAGUGAAGAAGCAACGCUAAGAAUUAUUACUAAAAGUUGGGGGUAAGAAACGCAAACCAAGUUCCAGUCCACUGUAUAUAAGAAUACGGCAAGAAUUACUAGACUAGAGACUGGGUAAUUGAAUUAACUUGCACUUGAAUAGAAACAAAAGAAAUCUGACAUUCUCCAAUUUUUGGAUGAAGAAAUUCGAAGCUGUGAWUUUAAUAGAUAUCAUCAAAGUAUAAUAGCUAGAAACAACAAUACUUAGAAAAAUAUAAGCAAGCGACAAAAAGGCAAUUCCUCUACAAUAAAACAACAAAGAAAGUUUGAAUUUGAUCUCUUAGAACCCGCCUUGGAAUCGUGAAAAGGAGAUAUUCGAGCAGGUAACAYAACAGGUGGYGGAAACGCUGUGAAUGCUUUGUCUUCAUGCUACAACAAACAUUAAUGGCGGCUUGGAAGUCUUAAGUAAAAACAUGAAAAACUUCGACAUGGAGAAGAGAUGACAUCGAGAAAGAAAUGGCGUCUGGGAUAUUGUUAGUGUUGAUAUUUCUAGCGGCGAACUCCAACGCUCAGUACUUUGACCCUGUCCUAUUUGAACAGGACGGUAAAGGAGAAGUGAGCGAACCAUCUGAGAGUGUCCCGGAUGAAAUGAUGCAAGAUCAACCGUUGAAGGAUGAUCCUAAAGACACCUCGGCCAAAAUUGCCUCGAAAAUUUCUAACGCUGCAGAAAGGAAGCCCGCUGAGACGAUGGCUUCUCUAAGGAAAGGUAUUGUAAGAAAACCUGGACUAGUUAUUGAAAGAUGGGAUGGCGUCGAUGGCUACGACAUCAACACAUUAACAAAGAGUCCCCGUUUCCCGACUUUACCUAAUUUUCAAGAUUACGUAGACACAUAUAGUGAGCCAGAUAAUUGGGGUGACUCCUUUGGAUCGAGGAUAAGGGGAUAUUUUUGCCCCGACCAAACUGGAAAUCACAUAUUCCAAAUCGCCAGCGACGCUCAAGGUCAAUUGUAUUUAAGUCCCGAUGAAAACCCUGCACACAAGGUCAUGAUUGCAGAAAUCUCAGGAGACCGUGUUGUGCCACCUCGAGUAUACAACAAGUACCGCGAGCAAACGUCACAAUUUGUUUAUCUUGAAAAGGACAAAUGCUAUUACACAUCGGCUAUCCAUAAGGAACAGUUUUUAGAUGAUAAUCUAAGUGUCAAGGUCAUAAUGCCGGACAAAAGAUCCUUUGAUCCCAUUCCUAAGCAGUUCUUAUGGACGCUACCAAAACCUAAACCAACCGAGCCUGAAGGUUCUGGUGAUCCAAUGGGCUUACUCAGAGUAGCAGCAAAGGCCGGUGCCCGAGCCGGCGCGAAACUCGGUAUGGAAGAAGCGGCCAAGAARGGAGCCGAGGCUGGAGCAAUAGCAGGGGAAAAGGCAGGCGUUCAGGCAGGAGCACAAGCAGGUGCUGUGGCUGCCCGCAAAGCAGCUACAGAGAUAGCUGUAAAGGCUCUUCAGCAAAUUAUGGCGAAUAUGACUAGCAAUAAACACGUCGUAAACGUUUAUACAUCCGCAAAUGGCUCCUCAUCUUCUGCUGCCACAACUAACGUAAAUGUAAACGCUGGAGCCAAUUCGAAUGCCGCAGGCAAGGCCAAUGCAUCAGGUGAAGGCCAAGGGACAGGGACUGGUACACCAGGAGGACCAGGUGGUCCAGGAGGAGAUGGUUCAACCGGAAAAGGGAAGCCAGGGGGUACGGACGGGGGAGCWCCUGGUAUUACUAAACCUGUGUUGGAACCGAAAUCUGGCGAAAAUAUAAAAAAACUUGCUGAAAAGUAUACUACUAAGUCUGGAUCAGCUAAAAGAAUUAUCAUUGGAGCUGCGUACAUCCUUCAUUCUAUGAAUAUUCCUGCAGCCCAUGACUUCCGGAAGAACCUUUGUUGGAGAGGCAAAUUUGGACGUGUUGUCCUGGGGCGAAUGUGCCAGGUUUUCAUUGCAAGGAAAGGUUUCGUGGAACAUGAAAAAGGUCAACAGACAGUCGCGUGGGAGUCAGGUUGUGCACCAGGAUACUUCAUCAUCCAGAAAAAUUAUAACUUCAAACUUGCCAAGUAUUCUGACAACCCUAAGUUCUCUACCAUUGUCAUCAAGACAAAUUCAACAUUCACGUCAAUAAACUUGACUACUCCUACACCAGCUACCACUCCACCACCGCCUAAAAAAGUGUUUGUUCUAUGUUUGAGAACGGUGUUCAUCAACGAGGCUGGCUUUCCAUAUCGUCUAUUCUCCAAUAUUAAGCCUGGUGGGUACUACGUCUACGGAAAGAAUUUCGUUGUUAAAUACGUUUUGCCUAAACUAACAGUAGCUGUGCCAACUACAAAACCAAAAGAAGACAUCCCCAGUCAAUACCUCGGGAAACGAGACACGUGGGAUGCCCAACACUCAAUGCCCGGAUUUAAAUAUUCGCGUUCUGUUAACGAAAGAACAAAAUUGUACCAUAAAGUCGAGAAAGCUAAGAAAGUGAUUAAAAGGACGAAAAAAAGUAGCUCAAAUAAUCGGGAAAGAACCAAGAAGAGUAAAACACCUACAAGACAAGAUAGUAAGAAACGACAUUACAAGAAAAUUCWCGAGCAAACUGAAAAUGCAGUAAAGAAGUCACUCACAGGAACRAAUGAAGACUUGUCACUUAAAUCAGCACAUGAAGUCUUAAACGCGAUUAGUCCUGUUUCUUCGGUGACGUCGCCAAGRCAGAAUGAUGUCAUUGAGGCAUUCCCACGUGACGGAAUUGCAGGGAAUCGUCCGACGCACAUUGUGUUCAGCGCCGAGGAUCCUUUGGGGAAGUACGAUUUACUGAUUAAUGGAAAAAAGAAUAUCACGAUUAUAAUCGAUUCGGAGUGUCGUUAUCCGCACAAUCUACAAUUGGUAGUCACUAAAAGACCAUUCACAACAAUACCCCCACCAACAACAAUAACAACACCACGCACCACUCCACCAACGACAUUACCACUGCCUCCACCACUACCAAACAUUGAACCGCCACCACCACCAAUAAUAGAGCUACCUCCUCCACCACCGCCAUUAAUAGUUACUACUGCGUCAACAUCCCCAACACCUGCACAGCAAUCAACAACACCAACAGCCACGGUAACAACAACUGCCACACCGACAACACAAAAACCAACCCCACCAACUACAUUGCCGACUACAGCGUCGCCUCCCCCACUACCACCGAUCAUCGUAGCUCCACCGCCGCCGGUCCUGCCGCCACCCCCUCCACCUCUGCCUCCACCAACACAAGUACCAGUUCCACCUCCAGCAGUCAUUGUAUUACCAAUACCCGCAGAAGCUGGGUGUAUGCCAACACAUGAAGGAACAUCCAAUGGGGCGUGCUGUAAGUUUCCAUUUAUUUACCAAGGCAAGAAGCAAAAUGGGUGUAUUAGAGCAGAGAGGAAGUACCGAUGGUGUGCAACGUCAGAAAACUAUGAUAAAGACAAACAGUGGGGAUUCUGUCCACACUGCUACCUUGCUCAUGGUGGGACAGCAGGAGGUCAAUGCUGUCAUUUCCCAUUCGUCUUCAAAGGCAAGAUGUACAUGCAAUGUCUAAAAGAUAGUAAUGGCAAGCCAUGGUGUGCAACGACCUUUAGCUUUGAUAAGGAUAAGAAAUUUGGAUAUUGUGGAGACUCAGSCAAAGCUCCAGGCACCCAGCCGUGCAACCCUGCAUGUAAGUCAAACUGUCUGCCAACAUGCCCAGUUAAAUGCUGUAUGGGAAGUGCUGCACAAGGAAAAGGAGCGAAUUGUCCUCCACAAUGUGCACAAGUAUGCGAACCAGAUUGUCCGGCCAAAUGUUGUACAGGUAUCCUGAAGCUGACGAAUAACAAACCUGGUACAAAGGAGUGCCCUMARGAGUGCUUCGUGAUGUGCAAACCUUAUUGCCCUCAAAAAUGCUGCAUGUCCGAGCUUACUCCAAUUGAGCCCAAGUCAAAAAGUUGUCCGGACGASUGUAAACAAAGYUGCAAACCAGAUUGUCCAGUUCGAUGCUGUAAAGGUUUCAUGAUAGAGGAAAAGACAUGGAUUGAAAAUCUCCCAUGUCCCAGUCAAUGCUCUCCUACAUCUUGCAGGCCUAGCUGCCCCAUUAAAUGUUGCACAACCAUAGUAUUGCCUACUGGAUCCAAAGCUAAGUCCUGCCCAGCACAAUGCUCACAAAGUUCUUGCCAGGCAAAUUGCCCAGCACAGUGCUGCCAAGGCCCUACGAAUACUAAAGCACCGGAUACAACAGCUUGUCCUCCCCAGUGUUUACAAUCGUGUAAACCAGAUUGUCCGGCAAGGUGCUGUCCAGGAAUGAUGACUACAAAAGUACCAGAUACGGCAGUAUGUCCUUCUCAAUGUUUGCAGAAGUGUAAACCAGACUGCCCCGUUAAGUGCUGCUCUGGAACUAUUACCACAGCAGCACCAGAAACGACAGCAUGUCUUCCUCAAUGCUUAGAGACGUGCAAACCAGACUGUCCCGCGAAAUGUUGUGCUGGACUAGUGCCUGCUGAGAAGACAGAAAAACCCACCAACUGUCCACCUCAAUGUGUUAAAGUAUGUAAUCCAGGCUGCCCUUUAGCAUGUUGCCUUGGAGGAAGUACUUCCAACUCAGGGACACAACAAUGUCCCCAGGAAUGUUCCCAUUCCAACUGCAAGCCUGACUGCCCAGAAAAAUGCUGUCUGACCAUUCUUACUCCUAUGAAAGCAGCGUGUCCAGCACAGUGCAAUCAAAAUUCCUGUUCCCAAAACUGUCCACAACACUGCUGUCCUGUGAAAGAAGGAUGUCCUGCUGAGUGUUCAUCACAGUCUUGUAAUCCUGAGUGCCCGGCAAAAUGCUGUACAAAGGUAUCAACGCCUUUGAAGUCUGAUUCGUGUCCGCCCAUUUGUAUCAAGAUAUGCCGUCCUGGAUGUCCACMAAAAUGUUGCAAGAACGAAGCAACACCAACAGAAUCUCCCAACUGCCCUCCCGAAUGCGCUCAAAAGUGUACUUCGGAAUGCCCACCCAAAUGCUGCUUCACUAUUUUGCAACCUUUGCAAACGUGCCCUCCAGCCUGUAACGAACAAAGCUGUGAGGAAAAUUGUCCAGAUUCGUGUUGUCCAAAGCCUGUUCCAACUACACCACCACAAACAGCUACUUGUCUUCCUUCGUGUGAAUGGGCAUGUUUGCCAUCUUGUCCCAGAGAAUGCUGUGCAAAAGAAUUCCCAGGAGAGGAUCAGGUCAGAUCACAGACAAGACCGUAUUCUUGCCCUUCAGAAUGCUUGGUUUCGUGUCAGCCAAAUUGUCCGUUCAAAUGCUGUCUUGAGGCAUUCACUAAGGCGGCAGCUCAAAGUGCGCAAGUCGCCAAAUUAAAAACGUCCAAUAAAUGCCCGACGUCAUGCUUCACUAAAUGUUCUCCUUCUUGUCCGGUGAAAUGCUGUUCCAUUGUUGUUACAUAUGAUAAAAAGACAAACAUAGCGGGAACAAAAUUAGAAAAAGCAAAAGUGCAAAUGAAAAGAGGAUAUUUAAGGAAAUUUGCCGAACAAUUACCGAACAUGAAGUCCAGACUAGUGUCCAUAUUUGAGUUAAAUACAUUACAUCCAGGUCACGCUCCAGGAUCUUUUCCAGUGGAGAGCUUGCCUCCACUUCCGCUUUGCCACCGAUCUUGUAUUGGUCACUGUACUGAUGCCUGUCCAGACUACUGCUGCACUCUUGGUAUGAUGGGAAAACAGAAGAAACCAAAGAUGAUAGUUUGUCCCAUCAUAUGUUCCAGUAAAUGCGAGACUUUUUGCCCGAUCAGAUGCUGUAAGGACUCCAAGCACUUUAAUAUCAAUCAUAACAUAGCAGAAUCAACCGGAUUUGAGAUGAGAAAACCAUCGCGACCCUGUCCUGACGUGUGCCUAAAAAGAUGCCUCCCAGACUGUCCAAUCAGRUGUUGCACGGAAUCUGGCGCGGAUAAACUUGGUGACAUUCCUGGCCCACAGUCACAUCAAGAUGUAUGUCCAAUGUAUUGCAUCAAAACAUGUGGACCCGACUGUCCAGUGAAAUGCUGUGCAGCUAUUCCAAAGGGAAUAUCAACCAUGAUUCACGGUAGCAGUAAAAGCAAUGACUGCCCAGAAAGCUGUUCAGAAGAUUGCGACCCUGACUGCCCUAUGAAGUGUUGUUCUAGUAAUUUAAAACAUGCUUCAAAUAUGGAGAACCUGGAGUCUAGUUCGUGUCCUUCUUCAUGCGAGGAAUCUUGUCUCCCUCCUUGUUCGGUGAAAUGUUGUACUGAUAUAGGUCCUCWGACAGAAAAUGACAAGUCUUGUCCAGCUGAUUGCAAGGAAAACUGUAGUCCUGACUGCCCUGUGAAAUGCUGUACUGGUUUAAAUGGCAACGGUACAUGUCCAAGUAUCUGUGCAACUAGUUGUCUGCCAUCUUGUCCUGUUUUCUGCUGCUCUAAAUCAGAUAGCAAACCAGAAGUAUCGACAACUCUUAAGCCAACACUAUCCCCAUGUCCAGAGAUAUGUGUCGAAGAUUGCUUGUCGUUCUGUCCCGUGAAAUGCUGCAGCCUGGGACCAUCAGGGUGUCCUGCUGUGUGUUUGACGACAUGCUUGUCAUUUUGUCCACCUAAAUGCUGUUCAAAGACGACAACAACAGUAUCACCAGCAACAUCUGCACCUUCAGAAUGCCCUUCGAUCUGCACGCAGAAGUGCGAACCAAAUUGUCCCAUUAAAUGCUGUCCAAGUUUUAAAGUGGAACCAACAACCGAACCCACAACAAUGACACCAAUUACAUGCCCAUCCAUCUGCGAGGAAACAUGCAAACCUUUCUGCCCUAUAAAAUGCUGCUCUGUUCUUAUUACCCCUAGACCAGGACAUACCAAUUCUAUAAUGUCCAYGACGACCAAAUCCUGCCCAUCUAUUUGCAAGACAACAUGUCAGCCAGAUUGUCCAGUCAUGUGCUGCCCUGGACUAUUUACGUCAACAACACCGUCUGCCAUUACACUUAGUACUCCUAGCACUUGUUCUCCUGUUUGUUAUGUUUCAUGUCUUCCAAGUUGCCCUCUCAAGUGUUGUCCCAGUCUUAGUACUCCACCAUCAGCGACAAAUUCUUUAAGUGAACACAAGACAGAUACUCCGCCAACUUGUCAACCUUACUGUAUUAUCAAGUGCAUGCCGGAGUGCCCUUUAAAAUGCUGCCCUCAAUUGAAAACAGUUUCUCCAGAAGAAACAACAACACCAAAGUCUACCACAUGUUCGCCGUCCUGUAUGGUUGUGUGCUUACCAACCUGUCCGUUGCAUUGCUGUUCAAAAGAAAAUGAGAAAGUUAAAACAACUGCUGCUCCUAAAACCGACUCUAAAGGCCAGCCAUGUCCUCAAACUUGCAAUGUCGCAUGUCUCCCAAUUUGUCCGAUGGAGUGUUGUGUAGACAUAACUGUACCAGCGCCUCAACCCCCGCCAAUGACACCGCCACCAUAUCCUCCACCACCAUACCCUCCACCUCCGCCACCCCCUGCUUCCUAUUCCCCACCAGAACCUCAAUCUCAGCAGCCACCUCCCCCCUAUCMUCCACCGCCAUCUCCUCCAUCCUAUCCUCCCCCACCACCUCCUCCACCCUAUCCUCCACCACCACCUCCUCCACCCAAUCCUCCCCCACCACCUCCCCCACCCAAUCCUCCCCCGCCACCUCCACCACCCUAUCCCCCUCCGCCACCUCCUCCAUAUCCUUCGCCACCUCCUCCUCCACCCUAUCCUCCCCCACCACCACCACCAUAUCCUCCACCUCCUCCCGAGUAUCCUCAACCACCCCCUGCUCCUCCACCUCCACCACCAUAUUCACAACCAACAGAAUUUCGCCACAAACCACCAACCAUUCCAUCUGUUUCUUCCUCUACUAAAAUUUACUGUCCACCAUCAUGUGCACAUGCGUGUGUUGCAAGUUGUCCUAUACAAUGCUGUACGGACCUACUGACGGUCAGACCAGAGGAAUUACAGCCAGAUCCAGAACCAAACCCACUGCUAUCGAAAGAUACGUCACAAAUGGACAACUGCCCAUCAAUAUGCGCAGAAAUCUGCUUGCCCAAAUGUCCACUGAACUGCUGCAUCAAAUCCAUCACCGGAGUACCACGAGAAACGUUAUAUUCGCGACAUAUGCCAUGUCGCAGUGAAUGUAGAAUACACUGUGGUAGAAAAUGUCCUCUACAAUGUUGUUUGCCGGCUGCAAAAAUUCCGUUUCGGAAACCUAUGAAAAAUCAAAUGCGGAUUCCAAAUAGACGGAUAAAUGUGAAUCUUGGGAAGCAAACCCUUGUGGGUGGUCCAGCUAUAAGACUUAUGACAUCUAUGAAUACUAAUACAAGGAAGGCUCCAGUAAAUUCAGCGUAUUCUAGAGAGUUACUUCGGAGGAAGAAAUUGAUGGRAAAUUCGUUUUUGUCGAGAUCAUUGCCAUCGUACUCGAGGGAUCUAAGUACGAGAUCAAAGGUGUCGUGUCCCCCCGGAUGCCAGCAACGAUGCAGUAGAAUCUGUCCUAGGAUGUGUUGUGUAAUACCACAAAAAGCAAAUUGUAGGAGUAAUAUAAAGACUACUUCAGGCCUGUGUUGUACAAUUCCUUUUAUAUACCAGGGCGUGGUCAACUGGAGGUGUAUAAAUAGACACAGUAUAAGGCCAUGGUGUUCGAUCACUAGUAACUACGAUAUAGGCAGACAAUGGGACUAUUGUUUAUUAUAAUACAAUGGCGUGUGAUAGCAGGCUAAUAUAAGAGCGCGAAAAAAGAUAGGAAACGUGUAGAAUACCAAUAUCACGUGAUGAAAUACUGAAGAGCGAAUAGAAAGCCAAUAGAGCCUUUCGUGGUUAGAAUCAAAGCGAGCAACCUGUUUACUGCAGCCCUCAAAUGCCAAAAUCAAGACUUUCUUCACCAACAAAAAAUAUUUUCCUGAAAUURCAAAAGACAAACAAGAUCAAAAGGAACAAUUUUUAUGAGAUAUUGCGCGAUUCUGGUUUUGGUGCAAAACUAACUUUUUUUCUAGCCGCGUAAAUGUCUAUUGUUACACGUUCAGUACUGGAAUGAACGGACAUUAAAGCUGUGAACAACAUCCCUACAGUGCAAUGGUAAAAUAUAUGCACAAAAUAAGAAAGCAUUGGAUAUUUGACGUUAAAAAUGUGUCAAACUAGCAUAAAUUUAACUGUUUUGGGGAGUUGUCUCUUUAUGGUAGUUAGGUCAGUUUUKCACUAGAUGCGAUUAGGGAAUCUAAAUGUAACUGAGCAGCUUAUGUCGUAGCUCAGUUAUUGACUUCUUAUUUAACGUAAGUUAUCUUAAUAUAAGCUAUUUUAUUAUAAUUAUAAUUAUAAAUAAUUAUAUUAUAAUUAAAGAUGAUAAURACAAUAUUGUACAGUAUAAUCAAAUAGUAGCAGCCGUUUUCACGUGAGUGGCAAAACCUCAUAUYCAUUGAUAACCGGGUUUUUUUAUCACAAUUACAUAUUCAUUCAAUGUCUGAUAGGUCGAGAGCCGUGAAUGAAAUAACAUACAAAGGUCGCAUAUUUUCUUUUUCUUUCCUUCUUUUCUUUUUUUUCUUCUUCUCUUUUGUUGUUCUUUUCUUAUUUUUUCUUUUUCUUUUCGUGUCUGCAUCUUUAUUAAAUCGAUCCCACCAGAAUAUCACUGUAACGGUAUGCAUUUGCUAGGCAGAAUGCAGACCGUGUGCCACUCACACGAAAACGAAUCUGUUUUAAAGUGUGUGACGGUUUAACGAUAAAAAAGAGUUUAUAUUCAUAGUUAUAAAGUGGUUAGAUAGCGUAGUCGGGGAGCAUUUUAUAUUAUAGCAAAAUAAAUAUUCAGAAAACAGUUUGAA